AUGCCACCAAAACGAAAGAAAAAUGGCAAAAAAAUAUCCAUCGAACCGCCACCAACGUAAGUUUAGAAUUAGUGGAUGCUUUAAACAUAAAUUAUGGUGUGUUUAUAUAAAUCUGAGCUAUAUGUGUUCACGAAGAACUUGAUAGUGAGUCAUAUUUUCAAUUCACAACGUAUGAAAAUAAUUUUAUAAAUUUAUAUGAUGUUUUCAACAUUAAUGCUCCUAUUUAUCUUUUAAUACAUUUUAUUGCAGUGGUGCCGUUUUGCAGAAUUAUUUGUUUUAUAAUAUCUUUUAUCUCAAAAUCUCCGUACUUAAUUUAAAUGUAUCAAUAUGUAUCUAUCACGAUACUUAUUUAAAUGUAUCUAUAUGUAUCUAUCACGAUAUUUUAUAAUUAAAUAAAUCCAUUAUAUUGUACUUUUAUAAUUGAGUAAAUUUAUAUUAUUAGGCAUUUGAUUGAUAUUUGCUUAAUUUAAACAAAUCUACGUAUCUAUAUUUUCAACGAUCUGUGAUCAUAAUUUUUCUGUGAACAAAGACUCGAGCCGGAUAUUCUGGAAGUGCUAGAACCGGAAGAAUCACCGAAACCACUGAUAUCAGCUGUCACUGGACAACCAUUCGGCCCUCGAGUUCGUUAUAUCAGCGAAAAACAGGAGGAAGAAAGUUCGGAUGACGAACCAGAGUCAGAAAGCGAUGAUGAAGAAAGAUACCUGCAAGAUGAAGCUCCGGAGGUGCCAUCGGAAUUUUGGCACAUACAGAAACUUAUCAGAUUCAUGAAAGCGGGUAAUCAAACCGCAACUAUGGUGGCUGUUUGUCUUUUAAAAGACUACGACCUGACCAAUAGGAUUAUACAAAAGGCGAUUCGGGAAAUGGGAGGUCUAGAGAUUCUGGUGAAUCUAUUGGAAACGAAAGAUUUAAAAUGUCAAAGUGGCUCGUUGUCGGUUUUACUUCCGAUCGUGACAUCCACAGAGAUGAGACGGUACCUAAUCGACCUUGGUAUUGUAACACCGUUGAUUGAAAUGUUAAAGUAUCCAGCUAGAGAUAUUCAAAUUCUCUGAGCAGUAGUCCGAAAGUGAGAGUCACACUUCACAAGUUUGGCGUGGUAAAACACAUGGAACGUUUUCUGAAAUCACAUCACACUUCUCUUGUAAUACCGAUGAUGGGAACUGUACAGCAAUGUGCGAGCGAGGACAGAUUUCGCAAUGCGUUCGAGACUACGAAUAUCAUUUCUGACGUUGUACGACACUUGCAAAGCAAUAAUGUCAAGUUGAAAGAAAACUGCGCCUUGGCAAUAUUCAAAUGUGGACCGAACAAAGUUGCUAGAGACAUGGUUCGACAGACGCAUGGUCUAGAUAUAUUAUGCAACCUCUUACAAUCCAAAGAAGUCCGUGCUAAUAAGAAAUUAUUAGCUGCCGUCACAGGCGGUAUAUGGAAAUGUGCCAUAAGUCGAGAGAACGUGGUGAGAUUCAAUCAAAAUGGCCUAGUGGCUUUGUUAGUGCCAUUUUUAGAGGAACACGAGGAUGACGAGGUGCAGGCGAAUGUUGUCGGAGCACUGGCGGAAUGUUGCAAAAAUCCUGCUAACAGAGACGUCCUAAGAGUCAACGAUGGUCUACCAAAUCUGAUUAAAUUAUUGAGUUCCACGUACGAGCCCUUAUUGGAGAACAUACCACUGGUGAUAAAGGAAUGCGCGGAAAAUGAACAAUGUAUGGACAUCAUUAACGAUCCAGAGCACACCAACGAUGGUGUUCGAUUAGUCUGGUCGUUGCUGAAACAUCCCAGCGACGUGAUCAAAAGGAACUCGUGCCUGGCGUUAGUGCCUUGUAUCAAGCACGCCAAAGAUUCCCCGGAAAUGGUUCGGGCAUUCGUAGGUGGUUUGGAGCUCACAGUUAGUCUUCUUGAAAGUACAAACACCGAAGUACUGAGCGCGGUAUGCGCCACUAUUGCUGAAAUCGCCACGGAUCCGGAAAACUUGGGUAUUCUCAGCGAUCUCGGCGUGGUGGAGAAAUUGGCGAAUCUUGUGAUCACGGAAGAUGAAGAUUUGCGUGCAAAUUUGACCUUAGCGAUAGCUCAUUGCUGCGAAUGGGGUGAGAAUAGCAAUAAAUUUGGUCAAUUGAACGCGGUGGCACCAUUAAUUAAUUACAUGACUAGCAAAAACAAAGCUGUUCUUAGGGGAGUUUGCAUAGCGGCGUAUCAUUUAAGUAAAGAACCUAUGAACUGCAUUACAAUGCAUACUGCCGGUGUUAUAAAGCAUGCAUUACGUUUGGUGGGAUCAGAUGACCCCGAGGUGCAAAUUGCAGCAGCAUGCACUAUUAGAAAUAUUAGAAAGCUCGCACUCACGGCAGAAAAAUUACACUUUAAAGAAAUGUACGUAUUUUCGUUAAUUCAACUGCUUAGUAUUAAUUUUAUCUAUGUUAAAUUGCAGAAGCACGUUGGAAGAAACAGAUUAUCAUUUGUAA